AUGGUGCGGACCGCGAAGCGUACGAUAAAUAGUUGGAGCUCUUACUGACUCCAUCAUCGUGCCUCAGGCUACAGAUUCUCGCAAACGACUGGCACUCGCCAUCGUCGACUUCCUCCAAACGUCUCUCAAAGAUGGCACGCUACAACCGGAAGACUCUGACUCGAUCGAGAUCGCCACAAACUGCAUAGCAGAAUGCUUCCACGUCGACCCCAACGACCAGACCGCGAUGAAGGAUGCGCUAGGCGGACAAAACCUGCUAAGCAUAUAUGGCGUAUACGAGAAGCUCAAGGGCAAGAGUGGUCCAACAGCGGCAGCAGGUGGCGCGGCCGCGGGAGCAGCAGCGAGUGCGUCUGCAGAUACCGAUCCAAACGCGACAAGCGGUGCGCCAACGCAGGAGAGCGAAAAGUUGAAGGGCUUGGGAAAUGCGGCCAUGCAGAAGAAGGACUACCAGACGGCCGUGGAUAGCUACACGAAGGCUCUGGAGAUCUGUCCGCUUAACCCUAUCUACCUUUCCAAUCGUGCGGCCGCAUACAGUGCGCUGAGCAAACACGAGUUUGCCAAGAAUGAUGCCGAGCUGGCCACUGCUACAGAUCCCAAGUACACCAAAGCUUGGUCGCGACUGGGUCUGGCGCGUUUUGCGCUGGGAGAUGCAAAGGGCGCCGUGGAGGCCUAUCAGCAAGGUAUCGACGCUGAGGGCAAUGGUGGCAGCGAGGCCAUGAAGAAGGGUCUCGAGACGGCCAAGCGCAGGGUCCAGGAGGAAGAGGAAGAUGAGGACGACAAAUCCGACGAUGUGGCUUCUAACGCGCGCGGUGCUGGUGCGGGUGCGGGCGGUAUGCCAGAUCUCAGCAGCCUUGCGGGAAUGCUGGGCGGCGGUGGAGGGGGCGGCGGCAUGCCCGACCUCAGUUCGCUCAUGCAAAACCCGAUGAUGAGGCAGAUGGCGCAGAACGUCAUGUCCAAUCCGGACAUGAUGAACAACCUCAUGAGCAAUCCGCAGCUGAGAGAGAUGGCCGGCCGCUUUGGUGGUGGUGGAGGUCAGGGCGGGCAAGGCGGCGGAAUGCCGAGCUUGAGCGAGAUGAUGAACGACCCCGCGCUCAGAGAUAUGUGAGUACUAUAGAUAUCCUCGCUCCUAUGCUGGCCUGGGAAUGCUGUGCUAACGAAAUGACAGGGCACAGAACUUCAUGGGAGGUAUGGGCGGCCAGGGCGGUGCUGGUAGAGGAUCAGGUGGCAGCCAAUGA